CAUGCGUGCCAGUUAUCCAUCAUGGUUGCAGACGUAACUUUAUCCUUAUUGGUUGAAUGUGAUCACGUGGUAUGGUAAUUGGUGUUCAGUGGGCGGGAACCGACUGGCUUCAUGUGGCGUUCACUACAUGUACGAAGUUGCGGGGAUUACGGUGUGGAAGAUCGUAAACUAACCGAUGAGGAGUUACUGGAAUGAGUGACUGCAUUUCAAGCUUUUAGUGAUUUUUAUCACCAAUAUUUACAUGAGUGUAUAUUAAACAAUAAAUAUUUCAUACACUACAGGAUAAAAAUACGUUUAUAGUGAAAUAAUGACUCAUAGUGUUGUGUUGUGCUUUAGUAUGUAAAAAAUAAAAAACUGUGUUUUAGUACCUAUUCUAUUUAUUAGAAUUUUUAAAUGAAAGGUAUAAGUUUUGCUUCAAGUUAAUAAUUACUUGUGACUAGAAUUUAAGUGUUAAAAUAAUUGUUACUGAUAAUGAAUACAUUUAUGAUGAAUUCAACGACCGGCAAUGGAUAUCAUCAGCAACAUCAACAGCCAUCUGUACACCAUAUAACUGGAACUUUUGUUGUUGACCCGAAAUUUCCCCCCAGUGAAGAAUAUAGUCAAAGUAAUUACAUUCCUUCACCGGGAGGAGACUUUUUUAGUAGUAGUCAUCAUUUAAAUCAUGCCCAGACAAAUCAAUUGCAGUAUGGUUAUCAUCAGCAUCACCAUCAAGCAACAUCUACACCUUAUGGAGCAGCAUCUGCUGUGCCAUUAAAUGGCGGAUAUCCAGGAUAUGGCGGAUAUUAUAGUCCGCACCAUCCUCACCAUCAAGUACAUACAGUUCAUCAUGCAAAUCUUCACCCUCAUCAUCAUGGUAUUGGUGCUUUAGCUAUGCCGCCAGAGGCACAACAACCACCGCUAACUUGUUCAACUUCCAUACAAUCUCAACAACCACAACAGCAACCGCAACAGCGGCCUUUAUCUUCCAGUAUUUUAGAAGCUUCGAAUUCGUCGCCUUCUAUUCUGUCUAGUCAUAUACAAACUUCCGAUACUCAACAACAUCCGCAGCAUUUACAACAGUCACAAUCGCAACAACAACAACAUGAAAAUAAUUCGUGUAGUCCUACGAGACCAGGGUCUCUUCUUCGCGACUCUUCGCCAGAUUUACAACCGACGCACCAUCACCAGGGUAUUGUUCCAAGUUCUCAGCAGCAUCUUACUGAUGAUAAUUCUGAUCAAGAUGAUAUGGAUCAGGAUGAUCCUACAACAGAUGGAUCUCCUGGUGAUGAUGAUGAUGAUGAUGAUGACGGUAAAGACAAUCGAAAGAUUUUCCCCUGGAUGAAGAAAAUUCACGUUGCUGGUGUUCCAAAUGGAACUUAUCAACCUGGAGUGGAAAUAAAAAGACAAAGAACAGCAUAUACAAGGCAUCAAAUUUUAGAACUUGAAAAAGAAUUCCAUUACAAUCGGUACUUGACGAGACGACGACGUAUUGAAAUUGCUCACUUGCUAGUUUUAUCUGAACGUCAAAUAAAAAUUUGGUUCCAAAACAGACGCAUGAAAUGGAAGAAAGACCAUAAGUUGCCGAAUACAAAAAAUGUCAGACGAAAAAAUGGUUGUGGCCAAGUUCAACCAUCAAAACUCUCAAAAGGUUCUGGAAGUCGGUCGAAAACCAUUAGUGGGAAUAACAACAGUCAUAGGAAACUGAACAAUCUUUCUCCAAUGAGUGGAAUCGACAGCAGCCUUGAUAGUUUAGAUAUAAAAGAUGUUCAUGGAGUCAAUGCUGGUCUUCCUCACCCACAUUCAUCACAUUCAAAUUUUCAAGGACACUCACAUCCACUGAAUCAUCUUCAAGCACAGUUGAAUCGUCAACAAAUUAGUGGAAUGAUAGAGAGUACUGGUAGUUCACUAGUGCAUAUUAAUCCCGAAAAUAUAAGCCCUCUUGCACCUGCCAACAGUUCUCCAGAUUUAUCUGUGACAGUACCACCACCAUCGAUAAAAUCGGAUUAUGAGUUUACAUCUCUGUAACAUCAAAUUAUAUAAGACUGCAAUCGUUGCAUUUGAAGUAUGAUAACUUUAUUAAUGUUAACGAUUUAAAUCACAGUAAAGAUUUCAUUAGUGAGUACAUAAUUAUUUAGAGAAUUUAGAAACACCGGUUAUUUGGUUAUUUAAAAUAAGUUAUUUAUUCACUUUUAUAACGUAUUAUAAAAGUCUGGUUAAAAAAAAUCAUUGUAUGACGCAUUUUAUGUCAAGUCGACUAACUUUUUUGAUCGACCUUUUUUGAUUUUUGUAGUUUCUUAGUACGUUUUUGAAAGUAUUGAAUAGAACUUAUAUG